AUGCAUCCAGCAAGAGCCUUGACUCCAUCUGAAAAGAAGUACAGUCAAAUCGAAAAAAAAGCUCUAGGUCUCAUUUUUGCAGUGACCAAGUUCCAUAGAAUGAUUUAUGGACGCAGAUUUAGUUUGCAUACCGAUUAUAAACCUCUUUUGGCAAUUUUUGGAAGUAAGAAAGGUAUACCCGUUUAUACCGCAAAUAGACUACAGAGAUGGGCUCCAACACUGAUGAUGUACGAUUUUAAAAUUCUUUACGUAUUAACAAAAGAAUUUGGGUGUGUAGAUGUCCUAUCCCGUCUAAUCGAGUCCCAAUUAAAACCCGAUGAAGAAUAUGUAGUCGCAGGUACAGUUUUUGAAAACGAAAUAUCACAAAAUUUUAAUGAACAAUUACAAAACUUGCCAUUAACAUACAAAAUGAUUCAGAAAGCAACCUCUAAAAAUAAAAUUCUCCAGACAGUCAUCAACUUCAUGAGAUCUAAAUGGCCAGACAAGAAAUCAAUUUCAGCACAGGUUAAACCAUUUUUCGACCGAAGAGAUGCACUUUCAGUAGUAGACGAUUGUCUACUUUUCAAUGACAGAAUUAUAAUCCCAUCAUGUUUCCAUAAACGUGUUUUGAAACAGCUUCAUCGUGGCCAUCCAAGGAUCGAAAGGAUGAAAUCAAUCGCCAGAAGUUACAUGUAUUCGCCCAACAUUGAUGAUGACAUUACAGGAUAUGUCCGACAAUGUCAAAGUUGUGCAACUCCUACAAAAUCGCCGAUCAAGACAACUUUAUCAUCAUGGCCAAGACCCUUAGCACCAAUGGAACGCAUACACAUAGACAUAGCAGGUCCAUGCGAUGACAAAUACUAUUUUAUCAUAGUAGAUGCAUUCUCUAAAUGGCCUGAAAUUUUCCAAGUUCGAAGCAUUUCAUCACCAACAAUCAUACAAAAGCUCAGUAAAAUGUUUUCAAAAUUUGGAGAUUGUCAACAAAUUGUGUCUGACAAUGGAACAACAGUUUACGAGCUCAGAAUUUCAAAAGUUUCUUCAAUCAAGAAGUAUUCAGCAUACGCGUACAGCUCCAUACCAUCCACAAUCAAAUGGACAAGCAGAGCGUUUUGUUGA